AUGGGGAGUCCUCGUCGAGACCGGCUCCGAUGCCGAAUUCGCCGACGCUCGAAGAGGCGCGGCCAAGAGCUGGCACUGGGGCCGAACUUGGAAGCACUUUGUCUCGGAGACGUUCAACAACCCCAAGCAUGCAACCCAACCACCCCUUCCCACCCCGCCUGCUGUCGCUGGCCAGUCUCCCGCGGGCGAUGCCGGUUCCCGGAGGAUAUCCCUGACGAGGUCCAACGCCGUUCACAGACCCAGGUCUCGCAACGCGUCGUCGACACUCAACAUUCCUGGCCAGACAGAAAGACGGCCAUACGAGCGAGAUCCAGAUAG